AUGCGCAAUUUAAGAAACGUCCGUCUCGCUGAGACGCAAAUCGAGAGCGAACUGCCUCUCACUGCCACAGCAUGGGAUACUGCUUCAGACUCGGUGGUCUGCACCUUUGGUCCGGCCGAGAACAAUGCAAUCAUUGAAGUUAGACGGAAACGUCCCGAGAUCACUUCGACAGAUCCUCUGUCUCCCGAAGCAUUUGAAUGUAUUGCUUCCUGGGAUGCUCCGUGCCCUCUGCCAGGCCUGGCAUGUGACCGUGUGCUCUCCCUGCAUUACUUUGCGGACAACCUGACAACUUGUCUGGUGCUAGAAGGAGGUGAUAUAGUCGUUGUUCGUGAAGAGCCCCUUGCCGGCGAAGACAAGAUCGAAAUUGUCGGUUCAGUCGAUGUCGGAAUCACAGCUGCAGUAUGGUCACCAGAUGAGGAAUUGCUGGCUCUCACCACCAGAGCGCAGACGUUUUUGUACAUGACCAGAGACUUUGAGAAUGUGGCCGAUAUAACUUUCGCUCACAGUGAUCUGCAAUCAUCACAGCAUGUUUCAGUCGGAUGGGGUAAGAAAGAAACGCAGUUCCAAGGAAAGAGAGCCAAGGCUUUGCGAGACCCGACGGUACCGGAAAAGAUCGACCAAGGAGUCUUGAGCAGCCGCGACGAUAGCAGCACUACGAUCAGCUGGCGAGGAGAUGGGGCUUACGUUGCUGUGAACAGCCUUGAAGCGGGUAGCCGCCGUGUGAUCAGAGUGUACUCGAGAGAGGGCACUUUGGACAGUGUAAGCGAACCCGUUGACGGGUUGGAAGGCGCUUUGAGCUGGCGGCCGUCUGGCAGCUUGAUUGCUGGAAUUCAACGACGCGACGAUCGGAUCGAUGUGGUGUUCUUCGAAAGAAACGGACUGCGCCACGGCGAGUUCUCUCUUCGUCUGUCUGAGGAAGAAAUGAAAUCAUGGGCUUCUCGCAUUCAUCUUGCCUGGAACGUUGAUUCUACCGUGCUUGCUGUCAAGUUUCAGGACCGUGUACAGUUCUGGACAACAGGCAACUACCAUUGGUAUUUGAAACAAGAGAUUCCUAUCAUGGCUGAUACAAAUUCUUCGCUUCCAUACUCUUUCGAAUGGCACCAAGAGAAGACAUUGCGAUUUGUUGCUGGCUCCAACGGUUCGAUCUUGGAUGCGGACUAUGUAUUUGAUAUCAACCAUGGGUCUACCUCUAUUCCGGAUGAUGUUGGCGCUGUUGCAGUAAUCGAUGGGAAAACUCUCAAAUUGACUCCCCUGCGAAUGGCUGGGGUACCGCCUCCCAUGGCACACAACGAGCUGGCUUUGGAGUCCAGCGCCAUUGAUGUUGCAUUCAGCAAAUCCGGAAACCGCAUUGCUGUGCUGACGAGCAACGCGUUCUCCGUUUAUCUCUGGUCUCUGAAGAGCCGACCUGUUCCUGUUCCCAUCCUCGAGUCAAGCUAUCCGUUAUCAGAUGCCCCGGCUAGUCGGCCCCGGCAGAUUGCGUUCUUGAAUGAGAACGAGGUAUAUGUGCUUAAGGACAACGGACCAAACUCGAGCCAUAUUGAGAGGGCGGUCCUGGACACUCGCACCACAGAAUCUGUAUAUCAGGCUGCGGACUCCGAGCAACUGUCAUCGAUCUUCGCCGGUAUUGGACACCAAGCUCUGUGGUUCUCACAUGCCCGGCAACCAGCUCGUCCUGUCAGCUACUCGAGCAUUGAAGAGUCGUCAUCUGGAACUCUAGAUAUCGCUCCAUGGGGCGAGAGCCCUAAUGUUGACAGCCAUUGGGCUCGUGUUGUCUCUAUCUCUGAUCAUGAGCGCAUUUUGGUUGCAAUGACGAGAACUGGCACCUUGUAUGCUAACAAGCGAGUCCUUGCGAGGAACUGCACAUCUUUCCUCGUGACCCCAUCUCAUCUUUUGUUCACCACAUCGGCGCAUCUUCUGAAGUUUGUUCAUCUGAACCAUGUGGAUGAAAUGGAGGUUCCCGAGGAUACACCAGAAACUGAUGAACGGUGCAGAAGUAUUGAACGUGGCUCUCGGUUGGUUUCGGUGAUACCGUCGAUCUUCGCGGUCGUACUCCAAGCUCCUCGAGGAAAUAUUGAGACAAUCUUCCCUCGUGCUCUAGUAUUGGCUGGAAUCCGUACAUUCAUCGACCAGAAGAAAUAUCGGUCUGCAUUCCUUGCAUGUCGCAGUCAGAUGGUGGAUCUCAACAUUCUCCAUGAUUAUGCCCCAGAACAGUUCAUGGAAAACAUCACUUUGUUUGUCGAUCAAGUCAAGAAGAUUGAUUACAUUGAUGAUUUCCUGUCGCGCUUGUCGGAGGACGAUGUGUCACAGACACUGUAUAAAGACACGCUGAAAAUAUCCAAGAAUGUAUCGGCAGCUGUCGCCCAGCCGGACGGUGCAACCGUUCCCUCGGCCCCCAAAGUUGGAAAAAAGGAGAGCAAAAUCAACAAGAUCUGCGAUGCAUUCCUGGUGGCUCUCCAGAACCGUGUCGAUACCAACUUGCAGAAUCUGAUCACGGCGCAUGUUUGCAAGUCACCGCCUGAUAUGGAGGCAGGACUGGGACUUGCUGCAGGACUGAGAAAACAACAACCAGAGCAGGCUGAAGAUGCUAUUGCGCACAUGUGUUUCUUGACCGAUGCUCAGAGGCUUUACUCUCACGCGUUGGGUGUAUAUGACCUCGAGCUUACGUUGUUGGUUGCUCAACAAGCUCAGAUGGACCCUCGCGAGUACCUACCAUUCCUUCGGAAGCUACAACAGCUCCCAGAGACUCGGCGUCAAUUUGAGAUCGACAAUCACCUUUCUCGCUUCGAAAAGGCUCUGGGGCACUUGUAUGCUCUGAAUGCUCACGAUGAGAUUAGUGCAUAUGUUGCCAAGCACGUCUUGUACAAGGAAGCCCUUGAGCUCUACAAGUACCAAACAGAGCACCAACGGGAGAUCACCAAGCUAUAUGCCGACUACCUACAGGAUCAAUCGCAAUACAAAGAUGCAGCAAUUGCGUACGAGUCUCUUGAGCUUUAUGAGAGUGCUUACAAGUGCUUUAACCUGGCACACAAAUGGCGCGAGUCCUUGUACUGUGCCAUGAUGGCAUCUAUAUCCGAGGAAGAUCUGGCUGCCCACAUCGACGCCCUGAUCACAACUCUGGUUGACGAACACAAAGACUACAUCUCGGCAGCAACAAUCUAUGCCGAUCAUUUACAUGACGUCGUCACAGCCGCACGACUUCUCUGCCGAGGAUCAAAGUUCGCCGACGCAGCGCGUCUCCUUACGCUCCACGGCAAACAGAGCCAGGUUGCCGAAAUCGUUGACUCUGGCCUUGCUGAAGCAAUGGGCAACAUGACGGACCUGCUUGCCGACUGUAGAUCUCAGCUCAAUGCCCAGGUCCCACGACUCAGCGAACUCCGUCAACUUCGCGCUGCCGACCCGCUUGCUUUCUUUGGUGGUGAUCCCACUGGCGGAGACGCGGGCGUUGAUAUCCCGGACAACGUCUCGCUGGCCCCGACAGAUGCAUCUACGCUUGCUGGUCGCUCCAUGUUCACCCGUUACACGGGUAACACCGGGAAAACAGGCAAAACUGGAAUGUCACGUCAUACUUCUAAGACUCGCAGACGCGAGGAACGCAAGCGUGCUCGUGGUAAGAAGGGCACCGUUUACGAAGAAGAAUAUCUCGUCAACAGUAUCCGACGACUCAUUGAACGGGUUAACUCGAGCGUGGCGGAAACUGAGACCCUUGUCGAUGCUCUGCUGCGUCGUGGCAUGCGCGAGCGUGCAGCUGCUAUUGAGAAGGCAUUGCAGGAAGUCCUGACUAUGUGCGCAGAUUGCCGGGACGAGAACGAGGACCAGGAAGAUGAAGAAAAUGAUGUCGAGCCUACCAUCCCUCCUACGUACGGAGGCAGAGGUGCUGGCGUCUUGAAAGAAAGUAUAGCCAUUGUUGAGGGUGGUGGUGCCGCUCGCGUUAAGGAGAUCCCUACCGUCAAGGAAAUGAAAAAGUCUUCUUUGCUGGCGGCGUGA